ACGCAUUUAAACGAAAGACUUUUAAAGCAGCCGCUCUCUUUCUGUUUUAUGAUCUCUUAAAGUAGCAACUAGUUGAACAAACUAAUUUCUCGCACGUGUCAAAUCUAUCAUCAAAAUCUAUCAUAGACUUCUGUCUAUCGUUUAAUUAAGACAAUUAUUUGAAAAUAUAUUAUACGUUAACUUUCACUCUGUUCGAAAAUCGACAUUCUCUUUUCUAAUUCUUCAACAAAAUUUUCUACGAUUACAAUUCGACAAAACAUUUAUCGUUUCAACAGUGAAAUUACAAUGAUACCAAACAGUAAACUUCCUGUUCGAGAAAAUUAUCAAUGUAUCUACAUUUGCAAUCGAUAAUUACAGUUAUUAGACAAAAACGAAUAGUUUUUGCAUAAUUUGUUGCCACGUAAAACCCAAGUGAACGAGCCGGUGUCGUUUCGGCUAGAAGCCGCAUCAGCGAACGAGCAAGUGAACGUUUCCGCAGUUGAAAGAUCUUUCUUUUAAUCCAGAAACAACUCUCUCCCUGGCAAUGAACUCACCGGUAUCGUGCUAGUGUAUCCACGGCCACGAAACCGGCCAGUUCGGCCUUCUGAUCCUUUCGUUUCAGUUGUGAAACGCGUCAAGUAUCAUCGCUGGAACCACAACUCCAUCAAAGUUUCAGCAAUGCUCUUCAGGUUCGCGAUUUUCGUCGGCCUCACUUCCGUCGUCGCGACCAUCAUUUACCUCACUCCUAUACCAGAACAAAUAUUUCUCUCCUGCGAUCGACCAUGCCAUCAUCUGGACUGGCCUAUGAUUUGUCGGCUAAAACUCACACUGGAAGUGUUCCAGUCGCUCAGCAAAUCAUGCGGUGAUUGCCCGCAGAAUCAGACGGCGUGUUUGCAUAAUCAUUGCAUAACCGCGGAUGGACAGAGACGAGGAAUCCUAACAGCUAACCGUCAGCUACCUGGACCUACUAUACAGGUUUGUGAAAACGACAUCUUGGUGAUCGACGUAAUAAACCGACUUCCGGGUAAAGCAGCUGCAAUGCAUUGGCGGGGUCAAUCGCAGGUCGAGUCACCGUUUAUGGACGGUGCACCUCUCAUCACUCAGUGUCCCAUACCGAGCUAUACUACUUUCCAGUAUAAGUUUCGUGCAUCCGUGGCUGGGACUCACCUUUGGCAUGCUCAUGCUGGUGCCGACGUCACCAACGGAAUUUUUGGCGCACUAAUCGUGAAACAGGCGGACAUAAAAGACCCGCAUCGGUCUUUGUACGACAUCGACGACUCGAAUCACGUAGUAUUGGUUAGCCAGUGGCAACAUUCUGCAGAAAUCACGUUCACCGAAGGCCACGCGAAACCAGCGAUUCUUUUGAUCAAUGGCAGGGGACGUCAACCAAAUGGGCCAAAUGUGCCCUAUACAACGUUCACGGUUGUUCCAGGACGUCGUCAUAGAUUCCGUAUUGCGAAUGCUGGUGGUGCUGGAUCAUGUCCAAUAACCAUUUCCGUCGAUGCCCAUCCUAUGCUGCUGAUUGCCCUAGAUGGUCAGCCAGUGGAACCGCGACAAGUUACAUCGAUUACUCUGGCGAAAGGCGAAAGAGCCGACAUCGUUCUAAAAGCGAACAAACGUGUCGCUUCCUACUGGAUGCACGUACACACGUCGAAGGAAUGUGGAACGAGUCCCAUAAACGGAGCCGCGAUUUUGAGCUAUAAGGGAAGCACGAUGGAAAGUCCAUUAUCAUCGACGGAAGCAAUUAAUGAUCCGGAAAUUGAAGAGACGAGCCGGGUAACAAUGACGACCAAUCCCGCGGAAAAAUGUGAAAACCCGGAGAGUCUAUGCGUGACGGAGAUACAAGCUUUGCGGAAGAUCCCCAGCGUCCUCGCUAAACCCAGAACCGAUGUCACUAUCCGCUUGCCUAUUAAUUACAAGUUCCAGGCAAAUGACUUCGUGGUUAAUGGAGCAGAGACGAGGAUUUUGAACGUUAAUAACGUUACGUUCACGUAUCCAUCAUCGCCCUUGUUGACUCAAGGCGUCGACAUUGCCGAAGAAAGUUUGUGCUCUUUUUCGUCCGAUGACGAAGACGUUCGCAAUGAAAAUAACGAAACUACGACACUGUCCCCACGAUGCCAGCACGGUGAUGGUAUUAUUUCUGAUACGUGCGAGUGUGUUCACGUGAGAUAUAUACCACUGGAUUCGACUGUCGAAAUCAUUUUACUUGAUCAAGGUGGUCUUGACGAUCUGGUUUACCAUCUACACGGAUACAAUUUUUACAUAGUCGGAGCAAGGAAAUUCGAUCGAAGCGUGUCCUUGCAAGAGUUGAAGAGCUUGGACGACAAAGGACAACUGUUCACUCGGAAUCUUGAUUGCACGGUGGCCAAAGAUACCGUCGUCGUACCCAAAUUUGGUGCUGUCGCCAUUCGAUUCAAAGCUAACAAUCCAGGUUACUGGAUGCUACGAGAUGAACAUUCCCCUUAUUGGACUCGCGGUUUGGACGUGAUUCUUCAGGUCGGUGAAAACAGCGACAUGGCUUCCGCUCCACAGGACUUCCCCAAGUGUGGAUCUUUCGUCGGACCUGACUAUUUUCUAAUAUAGACUGCUAAUUGGUUAAGAAUCGAAAUGUAUAUAGUUGUAAAUAGACGUAAAGUGGAAGCGUGUACUUUUAGACGACUGGGAAAAAGACUUUAUAUAUUUUAUUUUUAUUUCUUAUUAAAUAAAGAAAACGCUUGUUGUAUUACUCUAAUGCUUCUGUCAGUUUCAAUUGAUCUGGGUAUUCGACAAUUUUUAGGAUAUUAACACGGCUCGAUAAAUAUACUAUUUGUUUAUCUUCUUCUUCUUCUCUUACGAAUAAAUGUU